GGAGGGCGGCCUGUGAUUGUGAGUUGGUGUUUGGUCGUCCGCGCGCGGCGUCUUUGAGGGCGCUCGCUCACAGAGCAGCUCCGGGGGAAGACGUCAAACUCCGUCUGUUGAUGUCACGGUCUCCUGACUGAACUCCGAUCUUGUUCACCCAUCCGCGCUGUCGUCAAGACCACCACAUUCAGAUUCAACUCAACACAGGCAUGGUGUGGUUGGUGCUGUCACUGGCCCGAGCCCUUAAGCGGCCCGACCUCCAUGCGAGAUGGUGCUCCUCACCGGCUGCGUCCCCUGACCUCGCCUUCGUGCCGGCGUGCGCCCCCGCGGGCACGCAGCAAUGCGGGCAGCUGCAGGACUUCCUCGCCAAGUCCCGGCGCCUUUUCGUGCUGGCGGGCGCCGGGCUGUCGACCGAGUCGGGCAUCCCCGACUACCGCUCGGAGGGCGUGGGGCUCUACGCGCGCACGUCGCGUCGACCCAUGCAGCACGCCGAGUUUGUGCGCAGCGCCGCCGCCCGCCGCCGUUACUGGGCGCGCAACUUCACCGGCUGGCCGCGGUUCAGCAGCCGGCGCCCCAACGCGGCGCACCUCGCCCUCGGUCGCUGGGAGCAGCAGGGCCGGCUGCACUGGCUCGUCACGCAGAACGUGGACGCGCUGCACGCCAAGGCCGGCAGCCGGCGAAUCACGGAGCUCCACGGGUGCUCCCAUCGCGUGGUUUGCUUGGAGUGCAAGGAGGUUACGCAACGAAUGGAACUGCAGCAUCGGAUGGUCGACAUGAACCCGGGCUGGCAGCAGCAGCAUGAGCAGGCCAUCGCUCCCGACGGAGACGUCUUGCUGUCCGACAGCCAGGUGGAGAGUUUCCGUGUGCCCCCGUGCUGCUCCUGUGGUGGGCCCCUCAAGCCCGAGGUCACCUUCUUCGGGGACAACGUAGAUCGGAGGACGGUGGACGACGUCUACCAGAGGCUGUGGGAGUCGGACACCGUGCUGGUGGCCGGCUCCUCCCUGCAGGUUUACUCCGGAUACAGGUUCAUCCGCGCCGCCUAUGAAGAGAAGAUUCCCAUCGCCAUCUUGAACAUUGGGCCGACGCGCGCCGAUGCCCUGGCGCAGCUGAAGGUGAGCUCGCGCUGCGGGGACGUCCUGCCGCUCAUGCUGCCGGGCUCCCACUGAGCCACCUGGGCCGGAGCCGAGCUGUACACGGGUAUAAACUUAAGAGGCAUUUGGUCAAGAGGUCAGCAUGGGCAAUGAUUCUGGUGUCACCACGGCCCCGCCAUCGCGUUCUCUCGCGAGAUCCUGCACGAGCGCGCAGUCCAUGCCCAGCCACGUUCGGUGUCCCAGCGUCAACUUUGCUGCUUGUUGUUGAUGCAGCUGCGGUGGUGAGAUGUUAAUUCCCUCGCCUGGUAUGCAGGAGGUCGUGGGUUCGAUCCCGACCCUGGCGCCUGUGUAUUUGGAGGUAAUACAUUUGUAGUUACGCUUAAUUUAUUCUUUAUUUAUAGCAGUCAUUGUUAUUAAACAUUUACCAUCCCCCCUAUGUUCACUCGUACCAGGAAUGUAACCCUGUUUUUGGAGCAAAAAGUUUUCUGCACUCGCGAGCGUUUUUCAAGAACGUAAACCCUCGCGGAUAUAGAGAGGGUUCGCCGUAUGCGGUUUGCACAUUGUGGUAACGCGUCAUGGUUUGUGUAUGGUGUGGCUUUUUGAGUUUCGAUGGCGUUCUUUUGCAAGUAAUAUCUGGUGAUCCGCCAAAAUUGGUUUCAUAAGCGUGACUGCCGAUGAGACCCAGAAGGUUGAAACCAGAAAUUGCUUGCCAAAACAAAUGUCACUACAAAAUAUCGGUGUGCAAACCCAAUAGACUAAUGGACUGUAACUUAUAUUUAUUUAUCUGUGGAGAGACGGUAUGACAGUUUUGCUAAUAUAUGUUUUUACCCAGAUGACAAUAUGAUCACUGAGAUAGACGGCCUGAUUCAUAUAAGGUAUGCCGCCUGAUGAUGCUGUUUGUAAUUACUGGCGAAACGUCGUCCUCGAAUUUUAAAUGUUGUCGGUUUACUCUUCAACACAACGACGAAGUGGCACAUUCUGUUUACUUGACAAACCUUACUAAUUGGCCGUGUCGGGGGGGGGGGGGGGUGGCGGAUUUAACGACACUUUUUAUUUAGGUGAUCUAACCCAAAAACCUCUAUUGUGGAUAAUACUGGUCGUGAAAACCAAUGUGUUAAACAGGGUGGAAAAUGGUUUUCUGCCGAGUUUUUGCAGGAAAAGGUGUGAAUUUGCAGAUAUCUGCAGACCUUUUAAAACGCCUUGAAUAACAUUUUAACUUGUUUUAUACCUACACAUGACUUGUGUUUUUAUAGUGGUAAAACAAGUCCUGAUGUUUGGAGCAGUGUGGAAUUCAAUAAGUACUUCGCCUUCUUAGGCGGGCUUCUGUACACACAUAUUCUGUACACGCUAAUGGGUAUGUUAACAUUGUUAUAUUUAAAACAGGAAAAUACACUUUGUCGUAUUAAGACAUGUUUUGUUAAAUGAAAGCGACGCUUGUGAAAUUGUAUUGACGGUACGAGCAAUGAGGGGAAUGGUUUAUAACGGUGUGUACCGAGCGGGGUUGUUAUGAUCGUGUUUUGCAUUACUUUGAUGCAUUUGUCAAGAGCAGUGUGACCUUGAAAUAAAAAAUAUAUA